AUGUCACUCCGAUCCGACCUCACCAUUGAUGCGUCCAAGUUCGACCGCAAGCUCACGGACAAGCAGACGGAGGAGUUCAACGAGAAGCUGAUCAAGAUCUGGGCAGAUGGACCGAGGUGGUACGAGGUCGGCGCAGAGGAAUACCGCAAGCUUCGGUGGGAAGGCAAGACGCCGCUCCCCAAGCCCGUCGUGCUGGCCGAGGGCGUCAAUGGCACGAUACCGUCGCGCGAAGCCGGGCGAGAGAUCCCCUACCGCGUGUUCAAGCCUGCGGGCGGCGUGAGCAAGGGCAUCCACCUGCACAUCCACGGAGGAGGAUGGGUGCUCCAGUCUGAACAUUACCAGGAUACCUACCUCAAGUACAUGGCCGACCACUACGAGCUGACGGUGUUCUCGGUCGGGUACAGACUCGCGCCCGAGCACCCAUGGCCGGCGGGCGGAGAGGACUGCUACGAUGCGGCGGAGUGGCUGGUCAAGAACGGGCCGUCUGUGUUUGGCGGCGAGCUGAUGUUCACCGGCGGAGAGUCAGCCGGCGGCCACCUCGCGUGCCUGGUAGCCUUCCACCUGCUCGACGCACUCCCCUCGUUCGCCUUCCGCGGGCUGCUGCUCCACUUUGGCUGCUUCGACCUCUCCGGGUUCCUGCCGCACGUGGCGCACCACGAGAAGCACCUCGUCAUCGACCACGACGUCAUGGCGGCGUACAUUGACGCCCUGCUCCCCCACACGACGAUCGAGCAGCGCCGCGACCCCAGCAUCUCGCCCUUCUUCCGCGACCUUCGCGGCCUGGCGCUGCCGCCGGCGCUGUUCACCUGUGGCAGCGAGGACCCGCUGCUCGACGACACGGUGUUGAUGGGGGCCAAGUGGCAGAUGUGGGGGCAUGAGGCGGUGGUGAAGAUUUACAAUGGCGCGCCGCAUGGCUUCAUUGGGAAUCCGGUGGGGACGAUUCGGAGCGUGGAGGAGGGGCUGCAGGAUAGCGUUGCGUUUGUGAAGGCGCAGAUGGGCGGGUAG